ACAGAGUCGCGCAGGCGUGCAACCUAACCCGUCCUGAUUGACAAGUGUUCAGGUCGUUUCCGACCGGAUUUGCCUACGCAUGACUCCGGUACUUAUGACCACGGCGGACUGGUAUCUCCGAUCGGCCGGGUCGGCGUGAGAGUAUCGAUGGUGGUCGUAGAACGAUUGCGACGCAGAAAUGCUGCGAGAUGGCAUGCACUUGCGCUGGCUGGGUGCACAGGCGACCACGGGAUGGCCAGUCGCUAUCUAGAUGCUGUGUCCCCGCCGAGUCCGAUGUGCUCCCCCUUGGGGUGUGUCCAUUGCGUCAGAUGCCCAGUCAUCCGAAUUAGAGACGCGAGUGAUGGGACACCGUUGUGGAUAUCCCGAGGAGGGGUUCUCCAGAUAGUGAAUCAUCCGCGACGGGAACAAAUCCAUGGGGAUACGAGAUCUGUACUCAUAUUACUCUCGAAUCCCAUGUCACAUAGACACCAUGUACGCCAACUACCUCUUCUACAUUUCUGGCCUGGCUUCCCAUCUCCCCGAUGGCCGCACGCGGCGCGUAGUUGCCCCGACCUCUUGAUGUAUCGCGAGAUUCCUAGACCUAUCCGUGCAGCCGACCUUAGCGACGCCGUGACUCAGAUCGGGCGCAUCUGCAGCUGGUGCAGCCCUGUGCUUAGUGGGGGGUCCGCUGGUGUCUCGAUAUCGACGCGAGAUCCGGCAUUGGACGUAAUCGGCCCUAGCUACUCAGUAUGGGAUUCGAGCGCAUUUCGUCUGGCAAGCCUACGUCGGGUAAGCAGGCGUACUUCAGAAAGAAGGGAUCGACACAAGAACGGAGACGGUUGAAGCAGUCACCGAGUACACCGAGAACGGAGAUACGCAGCUCUCACGACAUGCCUCCAGGGAGGAUAAGGUCGACCUGCCACGUCCAGCUACCUCGCCGUUCGCGAGUGUCCGGCGCCUUGAUCCCAGAGGCUCCCUCGAUGUCGGCGGUACCUACUUCCUUUUCGUAGAUAUGCUCGUCGCCUCUCGGCGGUGUAGCAGUGACUUUGCGAGAUUUUUACGACGGCGAGUUGGAGCGCUAGCCGCGGGUACGUUUCCGUAACCGAGCAACCGAGGGGAGCUUCCUAUAUGAACUACGAACUACGAACCACGAACUACGUGUUUCCGCAGGGCCAUGACGCCUCUACCUCCUCGAUGUAGAAUCGUGGCCUAAGCAU